GUUGACUGUUGGUCAACCGUCUAAAGAACCGAAUGUAAAGUUGAAUUGAUUUUUAUUAAAAGGAUAAACAUAUGCACGAUCUUAAUUGUUGAAUUAUUAUAUUUAUUCUUGUGCUACAAUGGAGUACCACUCAGCGUCAAUGCUGAGCGGAUAGCGUUGUUUUCCUUUUUGCUGUCCGUAGGUGAACAGACAGAUGAACCUAAAGCCGAUCCCAGAGGGCAUUGAGGAGGAGAUGUACGAUGGCGUGGCUGUCUCUUUAAUCUGUUGAUUAUGCUUUAUUUAAUUAACUUUAAUGCUUAUUACGUUUUCGGGCAAGAUCCCAAGUUGUUUGACUUUAAAAAGGCUUCCGCAUUAUUUUAAAUUACUCCGAUGGAUUUUUAUAUGUAUUGAAAGAACGUUUGUUUAAAAUUGUUCUGAAAAUGUCGCAAAUUCGGAUACUAAUUCAGUGGCACACCGGUCCGCUGUCUCACGGGUUUGGGUCAUGCGGGUUGGGGUGUUACAGUUAUUCCAACUCCCCAAAUUACUUGAGGCAUAAUCACCAUCCAUAUUAUAUUCAAUAAAAUUCUAAUACUACACAAUCACAAAUAAUGAUAAGUUCCUAACAUUUGCUUCCUUAAUCCCAAAAUUAAGCCCUCAUUUUCAAGGAAAUAAGGGUUUGAUUCCUAUUAUUCUCUCUUGCUUUUAGGGUGAGUUCUUUAAAAUAGAAUAGUGAAGGUACUAUUGUCUAUUGGGUUUCAAGUUUUCUGAAAUAGGUGUUGUAGACUCGUGAAUGUUUCAAACAAAACUUCGAACUUUCGAUCAUAGAUCUAAAUUGUAUAAAAACAUCUACAAAUUGUGUUUCAUGUCCAGACAAUUGACCCGAUACAUACAUACAUAUAUAUAGUUUCUGAUUGAGAAUAUUUGAUAAGGUUGGAAAUUGAAGCAGCUAAGACUAAGGACAUGGAGAGUAGAGAAAUACAUACCUGAGAGAGGACGAUGGAUAUGGAAGAAGUAGGUAUUUUUCGCUGAGUUGUAAAUAUUAAAAUUUAACUGUUUUUCGUUUUAAUCGUGCAAUGCAGGCAAAUUUUGCUGGCAUCUGAGAUUGUGGUUUUCUUUGGAAUACUCCUCAGCUUUCAAGUAAUGGUGCCAUAUUCUGUGCCACAGUAUGUCAUCUCUGGGCUGAUAAUGUUUGUGUCUGCAGAGGUUUUGGAAGGGGUGAACUUGUCCCUCCUCUCCCGAGUCAUGUCGUCCCGUCUUUCUCGCGGGACGUACAACGGUGGGCUCCUGUCGACGGAGGCCGGCACGAUAGCCCGGGUCGUUGCCGACGGAACCAUAACGGCUGCCGGUUAUUUGGGGCAGAGCAGACUCUUAAAUGCCACACUGCUUCCAUCACUUGUCAUUUGUGUUGCAUCCAUUGUUGCCACCUGUUGUACUUACAAUUCCUUGUACUGAUUCUUUAAAAAAAAUUCUGGGUUUGAAAAAUAAGUAUUUAUCUAGCUCAUUUCCACACACCAUAAUCUUUGCAAGGGAAGCAGAUUACAAAUAAUGUACAAGGAAAGUUAGGUUCUGUACUAAUCAAAUUUGUAGUGCCAAAAAGUGUGGGCUUAUUCAAAUAAUUGUCCCUUAAUUAAGGUUCUCUUUGAUG